GUGCCUCAAGAGGAAAAAAAAAAAAAGCCACCACAUACAACUUCCUGCUUCCGGUUGAAACGUGCCCUUUGGUCCCUUACAAUUGUCUCCAGUGUUCCAGGGAAACUUUGGAAAGUAGCAUGUACUUCAGAAUACGGGAAUGGUGUCUGGUCCUGGAACUGUUCCUGCUGCCUCUGGUGACAGGAUCUCAAGAUCAUUCAGUACCAACCAUAAAUGUCGAAGCCGGCGGGAACAUAACCCUGAAUAUUCUCAAGAAACAGCAUGAACCCUACACACGUGUCACCUGGCUUUAUACCAGCAAACAGAAGAUUUUAGAAUAUUACAGUAGUGGUCAAAAUACUAUCUACAAUUCUUCACUUAAGGGCAGGAUUGCUCUUCAACAUACAAAUGGUGCGCUCCAUAUCCAUAAGGUCCGGAAACAGGACGAAGGUACCUACUACAUGAGAGUAUUGUAUGGUGAUGAACGAGAGAUGGCAAUAAGCCUGAAAGUAUUUGAUCUUGUGUCCAAGCCUUCCAUAGCAAUCAUUAAGACUCAAGAUUUGACAGACUCCUGUUAUCUGAGGCUGUCAUGUGAAGUAGAAGACCGGUCUGAGUCUGUUAACUACACUUGGUAUGGAGACACAAGUCCUUUCCCCCAGAAGAAUCCAGGAGAUGUGCUUGAAAUCACCACCACUUCACAGAACCAGUCUUCCUCUUACACCUGCCAAGUCAGCAAUCCUGUCAGCAGCAAGAAUGACACGGUGUACUUCCAUUCACCUUGCUCUCUGGGCAGAUCCUCUGGAGCACAUUGGAUUGCAACUUGGCUAGUGGUCAUGGCACCCAUCAUCCAUGUCAUCCUGCUAACCUGAGAAGAGCUCUUCUCACUCAAGAAUGAAACUUGGAAGCCACAGCAUCUUCAUCAUCAUCAGUGCUCCUCACCUGGAAAGUGGCUCUGGCUUUAUGGGACAAAGAAAAGUGCUGCUGAACAUCUGUGAGGGUUUGAAUGUAUCCUCUACAGAACAAGCCCAGGACUUUUUGCAUGCUCUGAAAGUGUUCCACCACUGACCUGUGUGCCCAGCCCUUUUCAACAGUUUUUAAUUAACCCUUUAAAAAAACUGUGGUUAAUAUUUAAUUUACAUACUCUAGUUGUUUUCCAACAUACAUUAAAGAUAAAUG